UGAAGUAAAAAUUGUGAAAUAAAAAUGGCUCGUACUAAGCAGACUGCUCGUAAAUCGACCGGAGGCAAGGCGCCUCGUAAGCAGCUGGCAACUAAGGCGGCUCGUAAGAGUGCGCCAGCCACCGGCGGUGUGAAGAAGCCUCAUCGUUAUCGCCCCGGUACUGUUGCCCUGCGUGAGAUCCGUCGUUACCAGAAGAGCACAGAGUUGCUGAUCCGCAAGCUGCCUUUCCAGCGCUUGGUGCGUGAAAUUGCUCAGGAUUUCAAGACCGAUCUGCGUUUCCAGAGCUCUGCCGUGAUGGCACUGCAGGAAGCUAGUGAAGCCUACUUGGUUGGCCUGUUCGAAGAUACUAACUUGUGCGCUAUCCAUGCCAAGCGUGUCACCAUCAUGCCGAAAGAUAUUCAGCUGGCCAGACGUAUUCGUGGCGAACGUGCUUAAAUUGUGACAACGUUGUGCGUUGUGCUUGUCAAGCAUCAAAUUAUCAAACAAUCGGUCCUU